CCGUUCGAAGCUUUCGUGUACUCACGACUCUGUCGCGUCACCGCCAUUCCGGACGCACUCGAACCUUCGUAUCUCUCUCUCUCUCUCUACACGAGCGCAGGCGCUCGGCUUCGCAAAAUCGAAAAUUUGAUCGCACCCAGUUCGCGCAAUCCGAUCCGUUCCAUUGGGUCGACGGCGCCGGAAUGAGGAAUCGGAGGUUCGCGCAGUUCCCGACGAGCGACGAGGAGGAGGACGAGCCGCAGUCCCGGAAGCGGGUCACCCGCUCCUCGAAGAAUCCCGCGGAGAGCGAGGCCGACUCCAGGGGCAAGCGCCGGAAGCUGGUGAAGCUCGCGGACGAGGAGGAGGCGGCGGCGGACGGAGGAGGCGGAGGCGGCGGCGGCGGCGGCGGCGAGCCCGGGGCUGAUCAGGAGGGCGGGCGAGAGGGGAAGGAUACGAAGAGCAAUGUGAAGAGGAAGAGGAAGAAGGAGGAGGAGGAGGAGGAAGAGGAGGAAGAGGAGGACGCGGAGGAGGAGGAGGAGCCCGACGAGGACGCGAAGCCGAUCGGCGAGGCGAUUAGGUUUUCCGGGAAGGGGAGGGGGCGGAGGAGCCACUACGAGGGGUUCGAAUUCGAUGGGAAUCAAUACGAGCUCGAGGAUCCUGUACUUCUAGUCCCUGCUGAAAAAGAUCAAAAACCUUAUGUGGCUAUUAUCAAGGAUAUUGCACAAACGACAAAAGGAAGUGUGAUGGUUACUGGGCAAUGGUUCUACCGCCCUGAAGAGGCAGAGAAAAAGGGAGGUGGGAGUUGGCAGUCACGGGACACUAGACAGCUUUUCUAUAGUUUCCAUCGGGAUGAGGUUCCUGCAGAAUCUGUGAUGCACAAGUGUGUGGUCCACUUCGUGCCAAUUCACAAGCAACUUCCUAAUCGAAAACAAAAUCCUGGUUUCAUAGUGCAAAAAGUUUAUGACACCGUUGAAAGGAAGUUGUGGAAGUUGACUGAUAAGGAUUAUGAAGACAACAAACAGCAUGAGAUAGAUCUUCUCGUUCAGAAAACCUUACAACGCUUGGGAGAUCUUCCAGACAUUGAUACAGAGGAUGCUCAUGCUGAUCAGGAAGAUCAGUUGAAGAGAAAAAGGAGCUUCCGACGAAGGAACAUGUCCCCUUUGGAUGUCUCUAGAGAGGAAGAUUUAACGGCCAAAUCAGAUCAACACUUCAAAGCUGAAACACCAGGAAGUUGCACAAGUAACACCUCUGAAUACUAUGCCAUUUUAGUCAAGUCUAAUGAACUGACUGGGGAAAGUGCUCGUGAUAAAUGGUUAGAGAGGCUUCUUCAGGCAGUACAGUAUGUUUGCACUUCUGAAGGAACUAAUGAUGAAAAUGAAACUAAAUGUUCUGAAGGAGUCAAUGGAUCUCAAGAACAGAAAGUGAAGGUUGAGCAUCCUUUAAUUUGGCCAGAUGCUGCGGUGUCAGCAGUAACUGCCCUUGAGAAGGCUUCACAUCAAACCCUUUCAUCAGAUUUUCAGAAAUAUAAUCAGAAGUUGAGGCAGUUGUUGUUCAAUCUGAAGGGUAAUGCGCUUCUAGCCCGCCGUUUAUUAAAUGGAGAAUUGGAACCUUCCAAGAUACUGAACAUGUCGCCCAGCGAGUUGAAGGAGGGCUUGACUGCAGAGGAGACGGCAAGAAAGGAGCCAGAGGAGUCAGAGUGCAUGCAGAUGACAGAUGCCCGUUGUUCUAGAUGCAGCGAGUUUAAAGUUGGUGUGAGAGACAUCAUCCAGGCUGGACAUGGAGAUCGUUACCAGCUGGAGUGCAUUGCUUGUGGACAUUCCUGGUACGCAUCUAGAGAUGCAGUGUCGAUGCUGACAAUAGAUGGGCCAAGCUCCACCAGAAGUGUGGGUACCGCACCAUGGGCCACUACGAAGUUCGAAAGCGUGGAGAAACAGCUGGCUAGUCCCCGAGAAUCUACCAAGCCACUGGAGGAUGCUUUUAAGAAAAGCACUGAAGCUAAAAUCCCAUUUUUAGAAAGGCAGAAAUCGGUUAUCAAGUCCAAGUUAGAUGAGAACUCCGAAAUCACAAAAUGAGCUAAGUAGGCACUUUUUGCACCUUCAUAGCAUCCUUAACUCGGCAGUGGUCAGCGAAGGUUAGGAUCACGAUGUACAGUUGUUGUGGAUAGUCGUGCUGCUGCUGUGUUCAUAAAUAGGUGUAUAGUCUCCCAAUAUCUAGUCAUGAGAUUGGAUCAAUGCUGGCGGAGAUAGAAUUGACCGACUUUUUUUUAUAGAGAGGCAUACAAUUUCUUACCCAAUCUUUUCAAGACAAACGGGUGAAUGGAGGGUUGGUUUGCAAUAUGCCUGUUGCGGCGUGCUGGGUAGGGUACUGGCUGCAAUAUAACCUGCAGUAUGAUUGCUCAUACGGUGCAAAAGUGACAUUGCCACCCCUACUGCUCAGUGCGGCGAAUAGGUAAUUUCAUUGUUCCAUCUAUCUAGGGAUGACCUUUUAGUUGA